AUGUCUUUCCAGCAGCUUGAAGAUGAAUCAACCAGUGAUGCAUGGGAGAGAUUUAAGGUGCUUUUGCGGAAGUGUCCACACCACGGCAUCCUGCACUGUAUACAGGUGGAGACCUUCUAUAAUGGCCUCAAUGUAGCUUCUAGAAUGGUGUUAGAUGCCUCGACCAAUGGUGCUGUCUUGUCCAAGUCUUAUAAUGAAGCAUUCGAAAUUUUGGAAAGGAUAGCCAGUAAUAAUUAUCAAUGGUCCAACACAAGAGCUCCAACAAGUAGAAAAGUGGCGGGGGUUCUUGAAGUAGAUGCAUUAACAGCUUUGACAGCCCAAAUGGCUUCCAUGACUAAUAUUCUGAAAAAUAUGAGUUUGGGGAACAACAUUCAGCCAGCUGCUGCUAUUCAAAGUGGAGACAUUUCCUGUGUAUAUUGUGGAGAUGGGCACAUGUUUGAAAAUUGCCCUUCUAACCCAGCAGCAGUUUGUUAUGUGGGAAACCAGAAUUUUAACCGAAACAGUGGCCCGUACUCAAAUUCGUAUAACCCAGCUUGGAGGCAGCAUCCGAAUCUGUCUUGGAGGGGUCAAGGAGCAAGUUCCAGCAACACACCAGCACCAGUAAAGCAAGCUUAUCCACCAGGUUUUUCUCAGCAACCACGGGCUCUACAACCGCAACACCCUCAAGGCUCCCAAUCUAAUUCUUUGGAGAGUUUAAUGAGGGAUUAUAUGGCCAAGAAUGAUGCAAUGAUACAGAGUCAGGCAGCAUCUCUUCGAAACCUGGAAAUGCAGCUGGGGCAAUUGGCCAAUGAAUUAAAAAAUAGGGCGCAAGGUUCUUUACCUAGUGACACGGAGAAUCCAAGGAGGGAUGGGAAGGAACAUUGUAAGGCUAUCAAUCUAAGGAAUGAAAAAAUUCUGGAAAAUUCUGAGGAGAAAAUAAAGGGCAGUGGGGAGCCCACUUCAAUCCAAACCGAAGGAGAAUCGAGUAACAAAACUGCCCAGGAAGUUACUGAAACUGGCCCAGUUGCUACAGCAAAGGGUCAGCAAUCUGUCUCUGUAAAUUCUAGACCUAAACCGCCCCUUCCAUUUCCUCAGAGAUUUUGGAAACAGCAACAAGAUGGUCAAUUCAGGAAGUUUUUGGAUGUGUUGAAACAGCUGCAUAUUAACAUCCCCUUGGUCGAAGCACUGGAGAAAAUGCCAAAUUAUGUUAAGUUCUUACAGGAUAUCUUGACGAAGAAAAGGAGAUUGGGGGAGUUUGAGACUGUAGCUCUUAUAGAGGGUUGCAGUGCUAUGUUGAAAAGUAAGAUUCCUCCUAAGUUGAAAGACCCUGGCAGUUUUACAAUUCCGUGUUCUAUUGGAGGUCGGGAUGUUGGAAGAGCAUUAUGUGAUUUGGGCGCGAGCAUUAACCUCAUGCCAAUGUCUAUCUUUAAGAAGCUAGGUAUUGGUGAAGCACGACCUACGACUGUUACAUUGCAGCUUGCUGAUAGAUCCAUGGCUCAUCCCGAGGGCAAAAUAGAGGAUGUUCUAGUACAAGUUGAUAAGUUUAUUUUUCCGGCCAACUUUAUCAUCCUGGACUAUGAAGCGGAUAUAGAAGUGCCCAUUAUAUUGGGUCGGCCAUUUCAUGCUACGGGGCGUACUCUCAUUGAUGUGCAGAAUGGGGAACUUACUAUGCGAGUUAAUGACCAGCAAGUCACUUUUAGUUUGUUCAAAGCAAUGAAGUUUCCUGAUGAAGUUGAAGAGUGUUUAAGAAUUGAUGUGAUUGACACUCUAGUAGCUGAAAGACUUAACAAAAGUGUGGAAAAAGCUGCAAUGGAUACUCAGAUUUUUGAAUACUUUGAGGAUUCUAGUAGUGAGGAAGAGCAGAUAAUUACUUGGGUGGAUUCUUAUAAAAAAGCGAAAAAAUUCAACAAAAUUUUUGAGGCUUUGAAUCUGCCAGAAAAGCACUUCCAGCCACCAAAACCGUCUGUUGAAGAGCCACCGCAGCUAGAGUUAAAGCCGCUGCCCAGCCACUUGAAGUAUGUGUACUUGGGUGAAAAUGACACACUGCCUCUGAUAAUUUCUUCCUGCCUGGAGCCUAUUGCUGAAGUUACUGAAACAGCACAAGAGGGCUAUUGGAUGGACAAUGGCCGAUAUUCAAGGAAUUAG